CAACAUCGGAGGCUGCUUUUCUGCCCCCUGUCACAGAAUACGCCUCUGUCUUUUUCGCAGCUGUUUCUUCUCUACAGUCUCUCGCCUUUCUUCUCUCUCCUUUCUUCUCUCUUCUUUCUUCUCUCUUCUUUCUUCCCUCUGUCUUCGUUCCUUUUCUUUUGCCUCCUUUUGUCUCUCUUCUCUUCCUGUUUUCCUCUUCCCUCCCUCUCUUUCCUCGGUCUUCACGAGCUCUCAGAACCGGCGCGAGGACUCUGGCGUCUUUGUCUUCUCCGCAUUCUCUUCAACUCAUUCGUUCAUCCGCCGCGGACCCCGAACAGGAGAACUGAACACGCAUACGUCUGCACCUGUGUGCAAGGUACCUGCGUGUACAUACAUGCAUGUCUGAAGGCAGACAGUUACAGACAAGGUGACUUCUUGUGUGAAUCUGGCCGUUCUCAACGUCUAUUUUUCUUCUCUUCUGCCUCCGCGCUCCUCGUACCCCAGUCCUUGCUGCCCCCGUCUCUCGCCCACUGUUUUGUGCCGGUGUCUUGGCCUCCACUUCGUCUCUCGCCUUCCACUGUGUUCCUCAAAUGCACAACGAAGCUCCCUGGCACAGGAGACUGCAGACUGCAAGCCUCUGCUUUUCUUCGGGCCACAGAGACAGUUAGUUCUCUCCUUCGCGCUCCUUACAUAGAGUCUUCUGCGCCUCUUGACCUCUCUUCCUCAGUUCUGUACAUAUAUGUAUUUACAGUAUUGGUGUCUGUUUAUCGCUGGGUGCUGUGCGGACGGAGGACAAAAACAAAAGUGUAGAUUCUUUCCUUCCAAAGAUUCUCGAGAGAGAUUUUCUUUCAAAAGAGGGGCAAAAUGGAUUCCAUCAGGAUCAGCGUGAAAUGGAACAAGCAGGAAUUUGAGAAUGUCGAGGUGGAUCUCAGCGAACCUCUUGCGCUCCUCAACGCGCAGCUCAUGACUUUGACGGGAGUGCCAGCAGACCGUCAGAAGCUGAUGGCGAAUCGCAAGCUGGUCAAGACUGUAGACGACCUGAGAGCCGCGGCGAAGGGUGGCAAGAACCUGAGGGUGACGAUGCUCGGAACUGCCGAGGGAGCCGAGCUUCAGCAACCUCUGGAGAGAACUGUGUUUGUCGAAGAUCUGACUCCUGCUGAACGCGCCAAACUGCUGCGAGAAAAGAACAUCGAGCCUCUGCCUCCCGGCAUCACGAAUUUGGGAAACACCUGCUACCUGGCGUCGGUCUUGCAGAUGCUCAGACCCUGUCGGGAGCUCACUGCAGCAGUCAAAAAUGACAUGAAGAACUCGACUGGAGAAUCCGCUGCAGCCUACACAGCUCUCUCAGGCGCCGUCGGCGCUGCCUACCGCCUCGCCCUCGCGCUGAAAGACUUCCACAGUCACUGGGACUCCACGGCGGGAGCUGCGCAGCCUGUGCUUCUCGUGCAUGCUCUUCGCGAGGCCUUCCCCCAGUUCGCGAGAAAAGCGGCAGCUGGACCAGGGGGGCUCGGAGGCGGCUUCAUGCAGCAGGACGCAGAGGAGUGCCUCAGCUGCUUGGUGAACGUUUUAGGCGAGAGUCUGCCGAUUUCUCAGAACCGUAAGGCGUUCGAGGCGCUGCCCGUGCGCUACGAGCAAGCAACGAACUUCGUCGACGCGUUGUUCGCUUUCGACAUGCAAGUGAAGACCUGCAGAACGCGAGGCGAGGAGGCUCUGGCGGACGGCGCCGCAGAAGUGAAGCGCGAAAAAAACACAAAGUUCACCUGCUUCCUCGGGACCAUGCAGAACCCGGUCAACACGCUCGACGAGGGUGUGAAGUUCUCUCUCGCAGAGGAACGGAUCGACCUAACGGCUGCGGGGAAUGCAGGGAGCAACGCGCCUCUGGAUGCGGAGAAGGAGAUGCUGCUGCGGUCGAUGCAGUUCGCGAGUCUGCCUUUCUACUUGCUCGUUCAGUUCAUGCGGUUCGAGUGGAAGCGCGCGGGCGGCCAAGCUGAAAAGGCGAAAGUCUGCAGAAGCGUCAAGUUCGGACCCACUCUCGACCUCUACCUGCACUGCACCGACGAGCUGAAGGAGAGCCUCCGCAUCGGCCGCGCAGUUGUGGCUCUGCGUCGAGAGAGAGAAGCAGGAGGUCACUCGAGUGACUCAAAGACCGAAGAAACGAAUUCCAAGACGGAGCCAACGUGUGCAGACGCGGCCAUGACGGAAAAGAAUGAGGACUCGAAUGUGUCUUCGACAGGAAGCACGAGAGUGUAUCGAACAGGUUUUUUUCAGUUGCUGGGCAUCGUGACUCAUCAAGGCCGCCACGCAGACAGCGGGCACUACGUCGGCUGGACGAAGAAGGACCAGCGAGAGCCUCGAGUGAUUGAGAAGGAGAAGAAAGAGAAGGAGCGCGAGGAGGAGCUGCAGCGGGAAGAGAACCCCAGCGGAAUGGCUGUGAAGAAGAAAAAGGCUUCUCCAGUCGACAUGUGGGUUAAAUUCGACGACGACAAAGUCUCUGAGACACCCUGGGAUCAAAUCGACCUCGCCGGCGGCCGCAGCGACUACCACAUUGCCUACCUGCUUCUCUUCCGAGAGAUCCUCGUCGAUGCGACAGAGGAGGAAGUGAAGACGGUCGAGAAGAACCACGCAGAGCAACUGGCUCAGACAGACGCCGCGAAGAAGUCCAACGGCGAAGAGAAAAACACCCAGUAAAGGGGAAACGUGUGAUGUCCAGUGGAGGGGUUGAAACGUGGAAAGAGGAAAGGAAGGCGAAAGGUCUGUCGCUCUUUUGUCCACCCAGAAAAGAACGGUAUGCGUAUACGGCACGUGCGAGUGCUUCUCGACCGUGUGGAUACACACGCAGCCUCGGAGAUGCUGGAAAAGAGAGAAAACAAGGUAAACAGGACCGUGCAAACACCACGCAUUUCGCAAACGCAAGGAGGAACGAACGGUGGCUUGUCGAACUCUACACAUGCGAUAAAGGUGACAGGCAGUCCUGUGUGUCACAGAGCCACUGAGACUUUGUCGGCAAUCCCCGGGCGCUAUCGGUGCCUGCGUUCCGAGUAUUCCAGAAGAGGCAUCACAUGCGCAGAAGACUGCUGAACUUGUGGACUUGCUUUCUUCAUUCUUCGCGGACUUCUUCGGCUGUGAUCGAAACGAUUCACGCGUGUUCCAUCGGCCAUCAACAAAAAGACUCUUGAGAUACACCAAACAGAUAGAUGUAUGACACCUGCAGAUAGCCAGAGAGAUUUAUGGAAUUUCAGCGUAGGCAACGUCGUACAUGACGUUUAUAGAUAGGCAGGGAGCUUCACAGCCUUCAACCAAACGAGCUCGGCGUGUCUGCGGCGUUACAGUCCCGUGGGCCGUGAAUAAUUAGGAAUGUCAAACGGCGUUUAGGUGGCCGGCGUGCGCGAGGGCGUCUUCACCGCUGUAGAAGGAAACCGCGAUUCCAGCCUGUUCGGCCGAGCGUAGAGUUUCAACCGAGAAAGGCGAAGAGUUUAGUCAAGCAAAAUCUGCAGGCUCGCUGCUUUUCCGGGAAAGGUCACGGAAACUAGCAUGCCUCCGGUGACGAUCGACGCUCCAACAUCACCCGCGCUUCUUUUCGGGACUUGUAGCGGCAGGGAAUUUUGAGGAUAGCUUUGCUCCUCGGAGUCGCGCGGUGCCUGAAUGCCCGCUGGCACAACAUAAUUUAAACCUCCUGUCGCAUCUCCUGGCAAUCUUAUUUCGUGGAAAAGUGUCGUCCCCCUGGUUACGGGUAACGAUGGAAAACGCUUGCUGAGGCUAAAGUCCGGAAGAACGCAGCGCCCACGAGCUCCAAAUUACGAAGUGACGGUUUGGGGCGUGUGAGUGCCUCCCAUUAACUGGUUGAGAGCUUGUACGGUAAUUGUACCACUGCAGGACCAAAUAAGGUGUGCAGCAUUUCCUAUGCUCUUGAACGUUUGGUCAGUGUGGCUCGCCGGAUGACUGGAGUGUCUACGUUGCUGCUUCGAGGCAAACUGUUGGCUUCACGCUACCAAAACUGGGAAUAACUGUCGCUCGCACGAUCUGCCGUCGCACAACCCGACACAUUCCCUUUACCACUGACCCUAGAAAGCGUGCACACUGCCGGCGUUUCUUGGUUUCGCACUCUGAGUGCACCCUUGCACACUCUUCCCUCAACAUCAUCAUGUGUUAUCCGGAGCACUGGUAUUCCGGCAGCUUUGACAUCGCUGUCGAGUGAAACGGCCCGUUCUCAUGGGGGCGCCUAACCA